UCUGCCAUUCAAAUGGACGGUUCAGUAAUGUGAAGGUCGUGACGGUUUAGACAGUUUCAAGAAUGUAUUGGGAUUGAUGAAUAAGGUAAUCGAAACGUUGCCCUUGUCUCUUCCAUGUAUCACCUGAAUCGCCUGUUCCGUUUCCAGAACCCCUUCUUAAGAACUCUGCAUCGGAAAUCAAGAUCACACACUCGAAUUGAAGAACGUGCACGUGAGAAUCUAUACGAGAAGGUUUUUUUUUUUUUUGAAAGAUCAACAAAAAUCUUAUUCCAUUUAUCUGGGCAACCAAACUGUUGGCCAGAUAAAUCACCAGUGUCAUACAACAAUUACAAUCUAUACGAGAAGUUGGAAGAUGGGAGUAAGGCUAAGCGUCUUCAAGCACAAUGGUGUUGGGUCAGACUUGAUCAUUUGGAAUCUGUGGGCAAUGAGAAUACAUCGGAGUGGAAUAACACGUGGUUGAAAGGAAUAUAUGUUGUGAAUCUGUCUACUGGUCCUCUGCUAAAAGGCUGGGGAUAUGGCAGAUGUUCGGGGGUUUUGGAUUCUGUGCUGGCAGUCCGGAACAGUCACAAGUUUCUUGGUCCCUAUGUAUUGUCCAUGGUACAAGUCUUCCGCAAAUACCCCUGGUCAAAGUUGGAUAAAAUGGUGGCAGAAUCGGCAUUUGAUGUAUCGGUCUCUUAGAAGGUGGCUGAUGUACAAAGACUGGACCCGUGAGAGCUGGAAGCAUCAUGUUUGGCGUAUGCAUCAUAGGGGUUACAGUUGUAAAGAUUUACCAGCGGGUAUAGGGGUAAAAAAGGUUUGGGCUGCUGCAAAUAGGCUGGUUAGGGACAAGUGUUUCAGUUUGAUGUUGGUGGAUCUUGGUCUCCGUUUUUUACUCGGAGAGCUGGCGUCAUCAGAAGUUCUGCAGAGUAGGGAUCUGGCCUGAUUUUAUAGUUUGGAUCUGCUGUGUCUGUUGCCAUAAGAUGGUUAUAGUGCUGGUCAUUUUCUAUUUAAGCUUUAUGGCCCAGGUGAACUAUAAAAUCUUGAUGAUCGUGGCCCGUUUUGCUGGUGCCAAUCUGGGCUGUGUGAGUGUGACUAUGCUUAGGGUCCGGGUUUUGCAUGUUGACAGGAUUCAUAAGCUACAUUAAUAGGGUGACUCAGUACUGGCUAUGCCGGAUGCUUGGCUUAGCUGCGUUUGGGUUUCGGGUUUGUUGUGCCGGGUCUUGGUUGCCGAGUUUAGUUGCUGUGAUUUGGUCCCGGGUUUGUUAUCCAUGUAGUUGCAGCGGUGCUGGUUCCGGGGAUUGGGUCCAUGCUAUGUUGUUACCGGGUUAAUUUUCAAGUAUAGUCUUCGAGGUUUGGCUCCAGGUUUAUUAUCGCUGAAAAUGCUGUUGCGCUGGGCUGCCUCUCUCUUAUUAGAUAAAGACCUCGAUCAGAUGGGUUUGUUUUGUCGGGAUCCAUUUCGUAGGAUGUUGAAGGCCCAUGAAUGGGUGCGGUUUUGCUUAUUGAAACAACUGCAGUCCAGGCCCAAUGGCAACAGGAAAGUCAUAAGCAAUUUUGGUUUUCGUGUUUUAUUUUGUGUUAUUGGUCAUGUUUGGGCUAAUCAUUUGAUAAUUUAUAUUUCGAACCAAAAUUGUUUGUCAUCUCCAAAUAUGAAUAUUGGUAACAAUAGACGAUCAAGAAGAUGUUAUUUGUAA